ACCAAAUAGCCAAUAGCAUUCUAGCUCGAUGUUUAGUUAUUAUCAAUCGUUUAUAUGAGGGCAAGGAUGAAAAGUAUGAAAAAUAUUUAGAGGAAUUAGCCAAAAAGGAUUUAAAAUGCUCCUUCAUGAACCCCAAAAAUCCCGAGGCUUCUCUUUAUCAAAAUAGGGAAAAGUUAGUCAACCAAGCCCUCACUGGUGAUAAAACUCUCUUAGCCAAAAUAGCUGAUUUACCUUAUAUUUCCGAGUGA